AUGAAGCUAGAACCGCCGCGGGGGAGGCUGGAUUCCCCCCAGCCGCCGCAGCCGCGACGGUGGCCGCAAGAGGAGCAGAGUGAGCAGCAGCAGCAGCAGGCACUGCCGCAGAAAAGCCGGCAGGAGCAGAAACAGCGGGAGCAUCAUCUUGAGCGCGCCGCAUAUGACGGGCAGCGUCCUCGCCACCAUAGGUCGCAGCAGGGAGAGCAGCAGCAGCGUCAACCGCAGCCGCAGCAUCUUGACAUGCGCGCACCACGUGACGGGCUCAGGCAGAGUCCUCGCCAGCAGCAGUCGCAGCCGUCGCAGCACUCGCAGGCGCAUCGCCCACCUCUUCGCGAACGCCUUCGCGAGCUCACGCAACAAAUUCGGGAAGCGGCGCGCGAGGGGCAGCGCGCGGAGGGCGGGCGCAGGCGCAGGCGCGCGGAGGAGCGGGUCGACGCGCUUAUGGCGGAAUACCACGCGCUGGGCGGCGCGCCUGCCACGUGGAUGUACGCGGCUCGGAUCCAGCUGUGCCUGGUGAAGGGUGCCACGUGGCGCCGACUCGGGAGGGGGAGGUUUCAACUGGCGGAGGCGGAACCCGGGCGGACGCGUCUGGGCGGGGGCGCAACGGGGGAACGCGAGGGGGAAGUGCGGGUCGGAGAAGGGGAAGGGGAAGCGGAAGGGAGACAGCGAGUAGCGUUGCGACAGCUGGCGCGCGCUCGGGAGCUGUGGCAGGAGAUGCGCGCCCACGGUCUGCAAGCAGACAAAUACGCCGCCUCCGCAAUGAUUGCGGUGUGCGGGCGGGCGGGCAGGGCGGAUGAAGCAGAGAGGGUGAUGGCAGGCGUGGCGCUGGGGGGGAGAAGAGUGGUGGGGGAGGCGGUGCUGGGGGGGAGAAGAGUGGUGGGGGAGGCGGUGCUGGGGGGGAGAAGAGUGGUGGGGGAGGCGAUGCUGGGGGGGACUUGGGAGGGGGAGGCUGUGUUGGAAGGCACUGGGGUGGGGGGACAGGUGGAGCCGGGGAAGGUGUCUUCUGGUGCUGGUGUUGCUGAUGAUGCAAGGAGCCGUGACGCAGGCAUGGGUGGAUUCAACAGUGGGUUGAAUGGUGGGUGGAAGAGUGGCUUUAACGACGUGGUGGUGUGGAAUGCACUGGCAGAUGCGUGGAGUCGGAGCGGGGAUGCAGAGCGGUCUGAAGGGGUGCUCUCUCGCAUGCUGCACGCGCACUGCCCGCCCAACCUCCGGAGCUACAACAUCGUUCUCAACGCCUAUGCCAAGAGCAUCACGCCAGUCAGUGCCCAUGGCGAUGAUCAUACUAGUGAGCAUGUUAAUGAGGGGAGAGGAGAGAUGAGAGUGAUCAGACACAAUGAUCGCAGAGAGGAGCAGUGGGCGGAUGGAUUGAUGAGAGGCCACGGGUGGCUGACGCAUGGCGGGCGGCAUGGCUCGUCUCCAUCCGUGCCUCCCCGGCUCAGCCCGUCUGAGACCAUCCAUCGCAUGCGCCAGCUCAUCGCCUCGAUGUCGAGACAAGAAUUGCCGCCCUGGCCUAGUAAUGCCGCCCGGUGCACGUCCAGACAGGAUCUAGCCGCCCGUGUGACGAGAAGUUCAAAAAGCACCCUUGAUGCUGUAACUCCCUGUACUACCACUUCUGCUACUGUGACUCCUGAUGCCGUCACUCCUGAUAUAGUCACGUUCAACACGUUGCUGGAUGCAUGUGCCCGGGCGGCGGAUGUGGAUGCUGCAGUGGACACGUGGCAGCAGAUGAUUGGUUCAGGCAUCACACCCACAGAGCUUUACACCUUUUCCUGCAACCAUUUGUUUCCUCUCUCACUGCCGCCUUCCGCACUAUCUCUCCCCAAUCGCCCCAUGUACCGUAUCCCUUCUUUCCCCCAUUCCCCUGCAGGCCUCCAUCUCUUCACUCACAGCCGCCUUCCGCCUCGCCCCUUCCCUGCCUUCUGA